UUUCUCAAGAACACGGCAGACGUGAUCUUUGAGUGCAACCUCCUCUGCAAGUGCGAUGCUCAGAAAUGCCCAAACAGAAUCCUUCAGAGGGGGAUUACUUGUAGAUUAGAAGUGUUUUGGACGGGACGGGAGCGAGGGUGGGGAGUUCGAGCAGCGGAGGACAUACCAAGGGGAGCGAUGGUUUGUGAGUAUGUGGGAGAGUACAUCAACGAGGAUGAAGCGGACAAGCGAGCAAACGAUCUCUACCUCAUGGAGCUG